GAGUGAACGAGAUUCGGCCUGCCGAGAGAUUGGUCUUUGGCUGCUGCGUUCGCUGUCCGGCGAGCACCGAGGCAGCUCUGGACGGGACCGCCUUCCCCAGGGAUCAAGAUUCUGGCUGGUGCUUAGGGACUACGAAGGGAACACGCUGCAGCCGCCGCGAGUUUACACCUCGUACCCGCCAGUCAAGGCCCUCACCAAACUUGGCUCGAGCUUGGGUUCUUCUGUGCUUGUGGGCCUUCCUACUAGGGCCGAUCUGGACGUGGUCGUUGGAGAGGAGGAAGAACCGGUGGGCGCGGUCCCCGAGGAGCAGGAGGAGACGGGCGGCCUGCGCGAUUAUCUGCUGGUGGGAGAGGAGGGCCCAGACUACGAUUACGUGGUGGGCGUCCUCACUUUUCCGAGUGGCCCGGAUGGAAGGGUUGCAACUUGCGAGGUGAUCGCCUUGACCGAGCUUGGGAUCAAGUGCCUGGUAGCUGUGCCCUCGGCGGUCUGGCACAAGAGGCCGCCAAAGAGAGUGUUGCCGAGGACUGCCCUGCUCAAGACCGCUGCUCUGGAGGUGGCGGCCUGUGGACCGGACGAUCGGAGGGCACCUGUGGCGGCCGAGAAGCUUCGACUAUGGGUUGGGCUCCUGGAUCCGAAGCUCGAAGGCUCUGUCGACUACUUGGCUUCGGGUGCCGACUACCCUUUUGGAGUGGACGCUCAUGGGCUGCCUCUCCUUCCGCAUGCCCAAGCUCUACAGCAGGCUGUGAACGAACAGUUCGCUUUCCAGUCGGCCGAGUCUGGGGUGCCCGAGGCGGAGCCGAUGGCCGUGUUUGGAGAUCGCCUUGCAACCCUAGAGGAUGCGAUGUCGAAGAUAGCCUCGGGCUUCAAAGUGAUGAUGGAGCGGCAGGCGGCUGCCACUCCCCCGGCAGGACCGCAACAACAGGCUGCACCUUUCGUGGCCGCGCGAGCAAAGGUGAAGCAAGCCGUACCUGCGGGCCACGGUGGCAUGGGCUUGUCCGAGUCAGAAGACGAUGGCGAGGAGCCGGCAGCAGAGCCGAACCGCGAGGGGGAAGCCGCCGCGACGGACCCGCUGAGUGCAGUGUUGCAGAGGUUGACCCAGGUGGUGGAGACCCUCGCCAAGGACAAGAAGCCCGCGUCGGGACAGUCGAAGCUCGAUGCCCUCCUCGACGGGGCGAGCGCCAGCAGCGCCGCAGCAUCGGCCGAGGGCGGAGGCAUACCACGACGCAAUGCAGCAGCUCGCCGAGCCCUUCGCCAGGCCCUUGUCGACAACCCGCAGCUGAUCUCCAAGACCAUUGCUUCGCACAUGGCAGAAGAUCUCCUAGGAGUGUCCCAACCGGGGGUGCCGCCCUUGACUUCAGCCCGCAGCUGGGUCGAACACCGGAGCAGGAUAGGCCCUUACCACACCCUGGCGAAGACUGCCUGGGCAACAGCGGGGGCAUUAGAUGCCAUCCGCAACGGCAGGGUGGAGGAGACGGAGGCGCGCCUAAGCAUCCUCCUCUUGAUGCUGGACCAGGUUGGGGUGGACAAAGGCGGGUGGUCUCUGGCCUCGGAACUUUCACUGGAGGCCCCUGUGCCGAUGCACAGCUUCAGGCUUCACGAGGUGAAGGACCACGAGCAGGUCCAUUCGCGACUGCUGGACAGCAGGUGGGCCGAGUUAGCUCUGGGGCAUCUGAGGGAUCAGAUGGACUUUGUCGAAAAACGAGAGAAGCUUUCGAGGCAACGAGGGGGCGGCGGAGGGGGACCGGAGCCGGAGGAGGAAGGGGACAGCGGAAACCGCCCGUCUGCGGUUAAAGCCGAGGACCAGCACAACACUCUUGCGGCCCUGAGCAGGGCGAUGGGCGGUUUUGAGGGUGACAUUGGUUAUUUCCGGAAGAUUCGACACGAGCUCCGCAGCGAUGAGAGCAACCAUGACGGCUCCAACGGCUUCAAAACCGAGUCCAACGGCAAGGCCGCGCCGUUGGACUCGGUUACGAUGAGCCCGUGCAGGAAAGCUUCGAGGCGGCCCGACUUUGGCCGAGUGCAAGGGAAGAUCAAGCUGGAGGAAGCUUGCAGCGCUAAGCCCAUCCAGGCUGCCCGCAUCAAGUUCCCUCCCCCGCCAUCCUUUUGCCCAAAGGGUUUCUUGGAUCGUGCCACACAGGAGCUCUUUGACAGGCCAUUGGAUUUCGAGCGGCCUCCGGACCCAGCCAAGACCAUACCUGUGGUGAAGGUUCGCGCAAAUCGUGCUGAAAAGGUGCAGCUUUACCGCGCGCUUGCUGCUAGCGGACGCCUGAAACCGGUUCGUGUUGAGGCCUCGCGCCUGCCCUUCGCUGGAGGCAUGUUUUCGGUUCCGAAAGAUUUGGAAAGGGAUAGGUUGGUGCUCGACGCCCGUCCAGGGAACUCGCUCACAGAUCCGCCAUCCUACUGGUCGGCGACCAUGGCUUCCGCGAGCGUGCUGUUGCCGAUGAUCCUAAACCCCUCCGAGGAGUUGCGGAUAAGUUCUGCAGACCUGAAAGAUUAUUUUUAUCUGUUCCAGGUCACCGAUCAAAGGCUCACCAAGAACCUCCUGCAAGGAACUCUCACUACCCAGGAGUGUGAGGAGGUUUUUGGCCAUCCGUGCUCCGACUUUGCGGAGGAAGAUGGAACGGUGAGGGUUGCUCUAGCAACCUUAGCCAUGGGCGACAACGCCGCAGUGGAAUUCGCGCAGGGAUCGCACUUGGGGGUUCUGUACCGCAACGGGAUAGUCAGUCCUGAGGAACUCUUAGUUCCGAAUUUCCCUCCGCCGCGUGGGCUCCUCAGCAUAGGUGUGGUUCUCGACGACUUGGUCAUUCUCGAGCGUGUCGCCCGCAACUUUGGCAUGGCAGCUGAGAUGCGAAAAGCCGCGGGGGCUGAGCGCCUGGAAGGGGCGCACGCAUGCUAUGCUUCAGUGGGGUUGUUGGCCCACCCAGAGAAAGGCUACAGGGAUGCAGACGAAGCCACCUUUUGGGGAGUGAAGCUCAACGGAAAGAGCGGCCUUUUGAGGCCCUCACCGUCACGGCUCGGACCGCUCACGCUCAUCACUGCUCGAGUGGCCAGCCUAGGCAUCUGCACUAAGGCCCUGCUGCAGUCGUUGGUGGGUUCGUGGACUUCGGUCUUCCUGCUUAGGCGGCGAGCCCUGUCCCUGCUGCAGAUCUGCUUUGAGGCCCUUACUCGGACGGAGGACGAUGACAUCAUACGGCUGUCACCGGGCCUGCGUGAUGAGAUGUGGAGCUGGGUCCUGUUGGGCCCGGUCUGCGUCGCAGACCUGCGGGCGCAAGUUCUCGAAGCCGCCUUCGCAACGCAUGCCUCAGAUGACAUGAUUGCUGCGGUCCGCGCUGAUGUGCCCGCGGAGGUCGCAGCCGAGGUUUUUCAGCACAGCCUUCAGAAAGGCGCCUGGACCCGCCUGCUCUCAGGGCCGCAAGCCUGGUUUAGGGAGAAGGGCCUGCUCUGCGAAAGCCAAGAGCUCCCGGGCGAAGAGGCCUUCACUCCUCAUCCGCUCUGGCGGGUCCUUGCGAGAUCGCUCAACUACCAGAAAGUUUUUGCUUCAAGGGUGCGUGCCACGACUCACAUAAACUUGAAGGAGUUGCAUGCCUUUCUUCGUCUUGAGGAAAGGAUUGGCGACCGCAUGGUGAAUGUGAGGUUUGUGUGUGCCUUGGAUUCGCAAGUGAGCCUCGGAGCCUUGACAAAAGAUUGGUGGAUCCCUUUGGCAAAAGGGGAUUCAGCAGCUUUUCUGCUUUGGAUGGAACGGCGGGAAGAGCUCGCGCCCGACCCAGCGAAGUUCCACCCAGGGGCUUUGAAGGAGAGGUUUAAGGCGAUUGGUCGCUUUGCUAGCAGCCCGGCCCCUAGCCCAGCAGAGCGUCUGCGCCAACAGCCGAAGCACGGCCUUCGGCAGAAGUUUUCCAAACUGGCUUGUCGUCUGGGCUGCCUUGACGAUCGCCUGCUGCGUGACCUGCCUGAGUUUGAAGGAAAUCAGCGGGGAUUGUUGGAAGCCUUUCCUAGGCGUUGGUUCUGGCCGCCCCGCGGACGGCUUGACUUCGGACUGAAGGGAGGCCUUCACCUGGAGGCGCGCCACUCGGGAGUCGCAAGGAGACUUGUGCGAGGUGGACUGCCCUGGGUCCUCUCAGUGCCGCGUGCAACCGACGAGCGGGGACUAGCCGAGGACCUAAAGCAAGCCUGCAAAGCCGCCAUUGGUGCGGGGCGAUUCGAUGUCUGCAUCGCCUCCCCUGCCGUAGGCUCUCUUUCCGUUGCCUGCGCUCCUCAAUGCCGUACUGCUAGUGAGCCCGAAGGAAUAAAGAGCCUGUCCCGAAGGUGCAAGGAGCGAGUCGACCGAGACAACGAGAAGGUAUGGAAGCCCAUGGAGGAAAAGGUUUCGCGUUGGCACCAACACCUGCGUUGGGGGCCAGAGGUCUUUUUGCCGUUGCUCCUCCGGGCAUGUGCGUUUGCGCGGGAGGGUCAGUCCGCGAGGGCCUUCCUGGACGCGAGCAGCAGGGGAAAUGCCUGCAGCCUUGACCGAGGAACUCUGCGAUUCGGUGUUGUGCAUGUGGAGGCGCAACGGCCUUCCAUUGAGCGCUGCCUUAGCGCGCCAGUCGCAUGCGAAGAUAGGGCUUGGUCCUCCUUCCUCCUCUGGCUCUCCUCUCGCGUCUCCUUUUGUCCGUCUGAAGUCUUUAGCCGCGCCCCCGCUCUGCUAGCCAUGGCACUGCGUUCUUACGGGAACUGGCUGUACAAGACUGGAGGGACGCUCCACGAGCUCCGACACACCAUCCUGGCAGCUCAGCGCGAGUACAUGAAUCUCAAACCGCUGAGCAGCAUUGUCUGGGAACUUGUGAGUCGUUGGGAAUAUCUGGAGCCGCCAGUGCAUCGGGUGCCUUUACCCGAGCCUAUCCUGAAAGCCAUGGAUCUGUGGGAGCAGAGUGGCAGUGUGUACCUACGCCUUGGGGCCUCCAAGACCUCCACGCGGGGACGCGCUCGGGUGCAGCACAUCAAGAUAUCGGACCCGGCGGCGAUUCAGCUGAUUGGGGGUGCUUUCAAGAACUACGAGCCUGGUGAAAAGCUCUUCGCGAAGACGCCCUCAGCCUACCGCUACCGCUGGAACCGCCUGCUUGGUGUGCUGUCGGUUGACCCGGCACUGCGUCUGACGCCUGGAGGCCUAAGAGGUGGUGGUGCAGUUUGGUGCUACAGACGUGGAGAGGCCAUCGCCGACAUCCAGUGGAAAAUGCGGCUCAAGCAUCAAGGAACCCUGGAGUACUACUUACAGGAAGUGGGAGCCAUUUCGGCUCUCAAUGCUCUGGGGGACACAGCGGAACGCAAGAUCAGGGCUGCAGCCGCUACUUUUGGCUGCCUUUGCCCCGCAAACCAGUGA